AUGUCUCACGGUGAAGGUUACUGGCCCAACAUUAGAAAGGCCACCAAGAACAACACUUCUUCCCAAUCCAAUGGGGCGAUGCAGUGCCCUAUCUGUAGCGACUUCUUCCCAGUAAGAGUCACUUCCUCUGCAAAAGCUCAUGCAGAGACAGGUCCCCAAACUAACGGAGACUCCACGCUAGGAGAGAUCUUGCUCUGCGGCCAUAUCAUCUGCCAGCCAUGCCGCCGUAGAGGCGAGUCUACCGAGAAUCGCUCGAUAACCAAAUGUCCCGUGUGCCGUGCAGAGCUGAACUGCUCACGCUGCGGCACACGUUCCGUGCUAUGGCCCAUCACAUCGACUGUUGUAGCUGAGCAUAUCCCCUUGACUACGCGGGAUGGUGCAGACCACAGGGGCCAGUGCCCUGAGUGCAGGGCCAAAGUUCAGUUCCACGAGGCUGUCGACAGAGGUGAGUGGCCCCAGGGUCUUGAUGACACCGAGCCUGGCUUCGUGCAGCUCUUUUACCACACCCUUAACAAGCUUGAGCAGGAAGGCCGUAAUGUGGGCAAAGCGGAGAUUAAAUUUGCUCUCAAUGCUAUAAUCAACGAGGAGUUCUACACGCUGAUGUCUAAGCGCGAGGAGGCUGCGGCGGAGAAGGCCAGGGCUCUUUGGGAGGAGAACGACUGGUUCACGAAGUUGCCGCCAAAAUCUGCAGCUGUGCGCAUGGAGGGGAUCUCAACAAGACGAGAACGAGGACGGGUGCAUCCGGAUGAUGUUCGUCCUCUCUUGCUCGAACUUCGCCAAACGUCACCGAUAUUCGACAAUGAACGGCAGCUAUACAUCAGGAAUGUAUUCGAGGUGCAUAACCCAGCAGCCGCGGAAGACGAUUCUGAAGACAGCGGAAUCUCCAAUCGCUAA